CUACAUCUGGACAAAGGAUGGACAGUCCCACACAACAGGGUCAGAUCUCCAGCUCACCAACACACAACGUGGUCAGACGGGAGUGUACAGGUGUACGGUCAGUAACGGUUACGGGAGUCGGACAUCUAGUGACGUCAAUGUUACUGUCAACUACGGUCCUGGUACUGUUAGCCUGUCCCCACCGGACACUACCUACACCAAGACUGAGGGGGACACGUUACCGGACAUCACCUGUACAGCUGACUGUAGACCUGGCUGUUCCUUUGUCUGGACAAAACCUGACAACACCAACUUUACUGUCUCACCUGUGUUGUCACUGGGACAACUAGGCAGAUCAGAACACGGGACGUACAGCUUCACGGCUAGGAAUGUUGUUGGAACGUCGAAGACAACAACAAAUGUUAUCGUAAAGUGUAAGUAUGCUUGACGUCGUUUGAUAUGUGCGCAAUAAGCAGAGCUUUUAAUAUCAUCACACUAU